AUGACCCAGCCGUUUCUUACACCGCAAGGAAGAAGCACCACCUGCAAAGACCAGGCCACCGAGCAGACCUCCAAGAAGCUUCGAUCAGCUUGCGACCGGUGUCACAGUGCCAAGGUCCGCUGCUCAGGUAAGAGUCCUUGCGAAAGAUGUCAAAAGGAUAACCUUCCCUGUCGCUACAGCUUCCGUGCCAAUCUCGGGAAGCCCAAGGGAAGCCUCAACAAGAAAACUAAAGAGACGCUGAGGCGUUUAGCGGAAGGCGCUCCGCCAGAAGGCCUGUUAGAGUCGCGACACAUUCGCCGAAUCCUGUCCUUGAGUAGGUCCGAAAAGGCGAGUAACAGCAGCAGCAACAGCAGCAGCAGCAGCAACAACAACAACAACAACGCCAUCUUCUCCCCUGCAGUUGUUGUCGAUAAAGGUCCACAGACGACGUCAGUUUUUCCAAGUAGCACAGGGUUGGGGUCACCCAACAACGACAGGGAUCAAGAUCAAGACCAGGAUCUGUGUAACGGGGCUUCGGCCUCUUUCAUUGAACCGCCGCCUAGAACGCCGCUAUCUCAGACAUAUUCCCUCCUCGACAUGGAGCAUGUCGAUGCACUGAAUGAGGAAAUACCAGGGAUCGUGGGGACGCCGUGCUCGAUUUCUAUACUAGAUCACCUCCCAACGAUACCGGAUCCAUGCAUGGAUAGCGACGGUAGCAUAAAUCUAGGGCUGGGUUGCGACGCAUAUAAUACUCCGAGUUGCGAUCGAUUGGAAACCUUCAAUUCGCUCGCAGCCCAGUGCGCAGGCCUUCCAGUUGACCAUCAACCCCAUCAGCAUAACAUCGCGAGCACCAAUAGCAGCACCCCAUCGUUUGAUUUGUCUCCGCGACUGAACUCCCUACAUAAAUUAAGCACACCAAUAACCCCAUUCAAACCUCCCCAGAUAGAUUUCUGUUCAUGUCUGCAAACAGUCGCAAACUGCAUUGGCCAAAUACGCGCUAUCGAGCAGCGAGAGUCCCCCAUGAGCCUCGAGAAUAAUCUCCACCACUACCCCAUCGCACUUUCCACCGUCUCCUCAGCCCUGAAAUGCCCAACCUGCUCCUCCGACUUACAGACUCUCCUGCUAGGAUCUAUGGUGAUGAGCACUGUGUCCAAGUGGGCACACUGGCUUGUCUCGCCUCCAGCAGGGCUGGGCAGCACCUUUCAAGUUCAGUAUAGCAGCGAAUACGUCGCCUCCGAGGAUGAUAGUCGCAUUGUGAGAGCAGUGCUGACCGCGAGAGCUCUGGCGAAUAGCAGGCAGGUAGUCAGCUUGUUCCGGGACAGGCUGCGGAACGUUAGUACUGUCGAAAUGCUGCAGAUGGAUUUUUUGCAAUCGCAGGUAUCUAGCGUGGCGAAUUCUUUGGAGAGUUCGAUCACAAAGUUUAAUAGUCAUGGAUUGUUUGCUGAUUCCAAUCAGCCACUUUGA